AUGUUUGUUCCGUCAUGCCUGAUACAGCGACCCAACAGCAGCAAUGGCGCUACUGCAGAGGAUCCGGAGCACCCAUCAGAACCAACGUCGACAUCUUCUUUUGGGGGGGAGGGCCUGAGUGUGGGGGAACUCCCCGGCAUCGCUCCCGCGUGGCACACCAGGAGAAUCCCGCCUUCAUCCUCUGAUGCGACAUGCGGCGCCAAAGAGCGGGAUGAUGGGUCAACUGCCAGCGGCUCGCCUUGUGUGAUCUCCGCGGGGGUCCCGACUCUCAGGGCUCUCAGCAUAGUUGUCUUGUUCCAUCCUGCCGCGAACUUCCCCGACAUCGAGUUGCCGUUUCUACGGCUCAUCCUUCUUGACUCCAAACGGUGGCGGAACAACCACGAUCGUGUGUCGUUCGUGGGUAAAGUUGGGAAUGGUUCGUGCGCGAAUAAUGGUCUCCCCCCCUGGUUUAUGGAUAGUGUCAACUCAACACCUUUGACUCUGACUCUUAACACGUCAAGAAGCACACGAUGCUGCUUUGCCUCAGCUUUAGAUACAUCGUCUGAUGCCUUUUACCCAGGCUUGACCUCUGCCCACCGAAAGGUUAUCCGGACUGGCGUGAAGAUAAGAGCUGACCAGGCCACCCAGGCACCCCAGAGAAGCGCACACCAAGUCUCCGUAGAGAUAAGACAGCACCCCAAUCGAGUCAAGGAGGGAAUCCCGGGAGAUAGAGGCGUCGACACCCGCGACACAGCGCCUAUCUCAUUGGCUUACAAAGACACCAGAGAGCUUUGGUCUGCCAUCGGCGGGCUCCGACAGCAAAGGAGAACCCCCAUAAAGGGUCUCGCCGAAGACACCUUAGGAAGCUCACCAGCCACUCUCGCAAACGCGCAGAUGGUCUCCCGGCUGACGAAAGCUGGCGCAUCGUUCGCUUCAUUAUCGCCGCCGACGCCGUAA